AUGGCGCCCAAGAAGAAGCGCGGGCUGAGCAUGGGCAGCCGGCUGGGCGCCGGGGCAGAGGGCGCCGAGCCGCCGCUGUCGGAGCGGGCGCAGUACCUGCAGCGCGAGUACAAGCUGCUCUCGGAGCAGCUGGACGCCUGCGAGGGGCGCGUGGACCUGGUGCUGCGCGAGAACGCCUUCCUGAACGCCGAGGCGCUGCGCCUGCGCGAAGAGAACCGGCUCUACGCCAGCUACGUGAGCAACCGCGCGCAGCGCUGCCCCAAAGCCAUCGUCCGACUGGAGGAGCAGAACCGCGUGGACCUGACACAGAUCCACGGGCAGCGGGCUGACCUGGAGUCGCUCUAUCGCGGGCGCGAGAACGGGGUGCGCGCGCAGCUGCUGGACAUGGAGGCGCGCGCGGCGCAGAUGGCGCAGCAGGUGCAGGAGCUGCAGCCCUACAAGGAGUUGCAGCUGGAGCAGCUGGCCCGGAUCCGGACGCUGGAGCGCGAGCUGUUGCACAUGCGCGUGGAGCACACGCAGCUGCUCCACCGCGUGAAGGGGCGUUUCCUGGACGACAAGGCUGCCUUCGAGCGCGAGGCGCGCCAGCGCGUGCAGUCCCUGGCGCGGCGCGCGGAGAGGGAGGCGGCGCGCGCGCUCAUCGCGCACACGCAGGCCAUCAAGGCGGACAACGGAAAGCUGCGGGAAGAGCUGCUGCGGCUGCUCCGCCGGGCUCAGCUGCUGCAUGACAUGAGGCGCCAGCUGCUGGAGCAGCGGGAGCAGCUGCGGCGCGAGCACCAGGACACGCGGGACCUGGCGCGCGUGCAUGGCUGGCUGCGCCGGGGAGCCGGGGGCCCGACGCUGUGGCAACCGCCACCGCCCACCGCGCUCCCAGGGUCCCUUGCCUCCCCCACAGGCCCGUCGAGCGCGGCCUCCCAGAACCCGUCUCAGGUCUCUUCGAACGUGAUCUCCAGGAUUCCGUCGAUGAUGAUCCCGUUGGGCUCCAGGGUCCCGUCGCUGGCCUCUCCGAAGGCGCGUUCACGGGUCCCAUCCCAGGACCGGUCGCAAGUGGGCUCCCAGGUCCCAUCCUUGGCCCCAUCCUUGGUCCCAUCCUUGGCCCCAUCGCGCCCUAGCUCCCAGGUCCCAUCCUUGGCCCCGUCGCGCCCUGCCUCCCAGAUGUCUUCGCGGUCCUCGUUGCGUAUGGCCUCACAGAAUAUCUUCCCCUCUGCUAAGUCCGGCCCUGGAUGGAGCCCUUUCCAUCCUCCAGUCGAAGGAGACCGUGAACACUGACGCUGUAGCCUGAACCUAACCGAAAGAAGGCCAGAGUGGGGGAAGACCGGUGUUUAGGAAUCAUUUUUGUUCAAACUGGAAACUCAAAUUUCUAUCAACAGAUGAAUAAAUGAUGGCUCAUCUAUAUAC